GAAGAAGAAGAAGAAAUCAAAGAGAGCUGAUGAGGAUACACCAGCUGAGGUUCCGUGUGGAGUUAGUGACAGAAAAAAGAAAAGAAAACAUGAAGCAGUGACACCAGUGAUGACGGAAGAGUCUACAGAUGUUGCUCUUCCCCAGGAGGGAGAAGUGAGGAAAAAGAAGAGGAGGAGGACUGAAGAGGCAGUCUCCGCUGGAGAGAACACCGGCGCAGACGUGUCACUCCCUCCGGUGCAAAUGGACAGUGGGGCAGUCCAACAGAAGCCGGCCAAGAGCAAGUCCGAGAAGACCAGAAAGACUGCAGACAGACAAGCCAGCGCGGACACACAGCCUGCGGAAAACACACACUUGCACACACACACACCGCCUCACACGGAUGAUGGGCCAAGGAAAGCACCUGUGCUGGACAUUGAAGAUGCCGUGCUACAGGAGCUCAAGGAGUUUGCGCCUAACGCACCGUUUCAUAACCACCACUGGAUACGGAAGCUCAUCCAGUAUGACCUGCCCCGCUUCAGAGAAUUCAAGAAGCAAGGUAUCCCACUGCGUAUGGGUAAGUUCACCGGUUCCGAGAACAAGAGGCUGAAAGAGAAUAUAAAAAACUUCCUGCUCAUCAGCGGGAUUGACAGCACGUUGAAGCUGUUCAAACCACACCGCUUCCCGGAAGAGAGGGCGAUCAUCAGGGGACAGAAGAGACGGUUGGGAUUUCUCCCUAGUCUCUGUGCGGGGAUACCUCGUAACUGGCACAACAUCCUAUCACGAGCCAGGAAGAUGUCUGACGAGGAGAAUUACCUGGGAAAGUUUACAGAAGACGAGAACGAGGCCUUGAAGAAGCUGUACACACUGCAUGGGACAAACUGGGUCACCAUCUCAGACAAGAUGGGUCGCAGCUAUGAAGCCUUGCAGAAACGCUUUUCUAUGAUGACUGACACUCACGGGUCAUGGGCGGAGGAGGAGCUCAAGAGCCUCUUGACGAGUGUGCGGCAGCUGCUGCUGGAGAGGGCGGAGCCUGGUGCAGAUGGGGAUUUGGUCAUCAAGAAAAAGGACCUGUAUAAGAAGCUAGCCUGGGUGAAGGUGGCCGAGCAGCAAUCGACCCGAAGCUGGCUGCAGUGCAGGGAGAAAUGGAUGGAUUACCUGACCAAAAGAAUGACGAGUGGAGGAGCGAUCAAAGGGAGGAAGAGCCUCACUGGGCAAAUCCAGCUGAUCAGAGCACUCAAUGAAAUGGCUGUGGAGGAGCCUUCAGACAUAGUGUGGGAUGACCUCACUCAUCUCUUCGGGAACACUCCUCCUGACUAUCUACAAAUGAGGUACUACCAGCUGAAAGUGAUUUAUGUCCCGGGCUGGUACACAAUGUCUUUCUGUGACAUUGUUGAUUUCCUGUAUGAGCAGGUGCUGCCCAAGCUGGAGAAGCAGCUGGAGAUGUGUGAGGAGGAGGACGUGGCCAGUGAGGAGCGGCAGUCUUACAAGCUGUCCGAGAUCUUCCCCGACUUACCCUGACUCUCACAAGCUGUCCGAGAUCUUCCCCGACUUACCCUGACUCUCACAAGCUGUCCGAGAUCUUCCCUGACUUACCCUGACUCUCAGGGCGGUGUGUGUGUGUGUGUGUGUGUGUGUGUGUGUGUGUGUGUGUGUUUCAUCUUACAAGCUGUUCGAGAUCUUCCCCGACUUCCCCUGACUCUCUCAGGGCGUACGUACGUGUGUGUGUGUUUCCGUUUGUCUCCUCCUCCUGAGAAGCUGUCCAUCCAGCAUCUGAAAAUCCACCCCCCAGCCCUAACACACACACACACACACACACAGUGAGCUUCCUCUUCACACUGGAUCCUAGAUCUCCCCUGACUCCUGAGUGAGCCCCGGCUGCCAAUGAACCUGUGCUCUGAGUGGGGCAGGAUGACAUCUGAUGAAGACACUCGGAUUCUUUUGUUCAGAAUUUGUAUGACAUAUUUAACAUUACAUUUAUAACAUUUAUUUGUCUUUCUUUGUGGGCCUUUUUCUAAAGAACUUCAGAAGAAUUAUUUUUGUGAUAAUGAUUGAAAAGAAUAUCUGCUUUGUGUUUUGUACUUUGUAUAUUGAAAUGUAUAUUUUGACAUUUUAAAAUGUUAUGCAAUAUCUCACAAUUUAUAUAGUAAAUCAAAUUAUUUUAAUCCAGUCUCUGUUGAGCAUUGUUUUUUCAUCACCUUUAGUGUUCAUAAGGUCAUAGCUGCGGAAAGGGUCAUCUUAAAAGUGUGGGUUAUAUGGAUGGUGUAUAGUGGGUUAUAUGGAUGGUGUAUUGUGGGUUAUAUGGAUGG